AUGGCACUCUUGGCCCUUGCGAAAAGCGAAUGUUCUACGCAGAAUUCGAAGAAAAUUCAAGACGCAUUUGAGCAGUUUGAACAAGCACUAUAUCCCAGUGACGCCAAAUUGUUUCGUGGUCUUUCUCUGGAAGAUGUUCAGAAUGCGGCCAGAGCUGUCGAGCGCGAACAGAGCGAACGGAGAGCUUUACGAAAUACUCGUCGAUUGGAGCCGUUCUUCGAGGCUUUGAAGACACUCGGAGUAGUUUUGGAACCUUUAUGUCAAGGCAUACCAUUUCUAUGUUUUGCAUGGGCGCCCAUCAAACUGUCGAUAGUUAUGUUUAUAAGAUUGCACGCCGACCUGGCGAUUCUGUCGCGUCUUGCUACCAAUAGAGAUCUAGUCGACCGAGAAGCUGCCAGCUUCGAGAUUGUGGAGGCAAUGGAUGAAAGGGAAAGGCUGAUGCGAGAAGCAGCCAAGAGGGAGAACGAAAGACUCGAUGAGUAUGCACGCCAAGUCUUCGAGUGGUUGCAACUCGGUGUGUGUGACAGAGAACAAGAAGAUCUCUUGAACGACUUCCAGGAGGCGAGGGUCCCAGAAACAUGUGAAUGGUUGAUGAGGCAUUCGGAGGUCAUGACCUGGCUUGACGAAGAAGAUAAACGUCAGGUUUUAUGGCUGAAGGGAAAACCAGGCUCAGGGAAGUCAACGCUUGUCUCGUAUCUGAUGCAAAUGGCGCCAACUUCCUCGAGAUCAGUCCUCAUGUGUUGUAUGAGCUCUGAACUCUUGAGGAAAGGCGAACAAAACCCUGCUUGCACCAUUUUGAAGGUAUUCUGUGCCAAGAUGCUACGACUUAACCGGCGUUUACUCCCAUACAUAUAUGAGGAGCAUGUCCGAUUUAACUCAACCCUCCCGCUCACAAAGGUCAGACAAAUAACGAAGUUACUCGUUGACUCUCUCGGCCAUGUGUUCCUUGUGGUUGACGGAAUUGACGAGUACCUCGAUGGCGACCAGGUCCGCAUCUUUGAUGAGCUAUCACGACUUCUCAAACCACCUUCUGACACUGCGGAUGGUCUAGGCGCUCCUGAACCGGCUGAUGGAACUCGCAUGUCAAGUGUCAAGCUGUUCAUCUCUUCGAGAGAAACCCGGCCUAUUCUCCGAGAAAUUAAGAAAAGAUGGAAGCAGCCAGCCGUGAUCAAUCUUACCAAGGAUAAAGAGCAUGCCCUCGUGUCAGAAGAUAUAUCUAGAUUUGCCAAAGUGAAGCUAAGAGCUCUUCACGACGAGUUUGAUGAAGAUGUCCUGCAAAGCAUUCUUGAAAGUCUCAUGAGUAAAGCCGAUGGCAUGUUCUUAUGGGUCCAUCUAAUCAUGGGGUUUUUGCAAGACCAAGCAAGUGUUGAGGACUUGAGAUCAACUAUUGACAGACUACCGAGAGGCUUGGAAGGAGUGUGA